UUCCCCGUUGAACCCAACCACACGUAUUAUCCUCCCCAAAUACCCCAAACCCAAAAACCCAAACCCCUCAAAGCUGCAAGCUUUGGGUUCCCAGUUGAACCAACCCCAGCUAUCAUCUUCCCAAAAUACCUCAAACUCAAAAACCCAAACACCCCAAACCUGCAAGCUUUGUGUUCCCAGUUGAACCUAAUCACACAUAUUAUCUUCCCAUGGCAGCGAUCCUACCACUGCUCACCAAACUGCUCCCACAUCAUUCCCACAAUGCCCCCAAGCCCAGAGCUGUUGGGGCAGAUGCUGCCUAAACCUCUUACCCUUGUGGGUUCCCUGCUCCUGGGCUUCAGGUAGCAUUUGGGGGGCUGUGUCCCCAGAAGGAGUCAUGUCCCUUGUUCCCCUCAUCCGCCCGUCCCCCUGGGCUGGCAUCUGGCUGCUAUGCAAGAACUGCUGGCCUUUAUAAUGUCCCCAAGGGGAGGUGGCACCCCGGGGAGGUGAAGCUCCCAUUGGUCCACGUCACCCCAGCACGGUGCUGAGCCCCCAUCCCACCCCAUCAGUAUGGAGCCCCGUGCCCCAGCUGCAGCCUCAGCCUGCUCCACAUGACCCCACUAAGUGGCAGACCAGACGCAGGGCAGAGGGGAUGGCAGAGGUGACAGCCCUGUGGUGCUGGGCUCUGCGUUCCCCAAUUAAGCAGGCACUGGGAAGGACCAGGGUCACGGUCUCCAUAGACGUAAGCUGUUGUCCAGAGCGAGCGGAUUUAUUCAAGUCAGGAAGCCCUUAAUUGCAGUAACAAAGGCAGGGAGAUCCAGGCCUGGGAGGCUGGCUGUGUUCACGCCACGUGUGUGGCUCCAGGGCAGAAGUUACAGGAGAUUUGGGUUUUCAAGCAUUCGCCGAUGAGGUUGGGUAGUUUUGAGAAGGUGGGGUGGGCUUGGGGAUGCUCAGUGAUGUCACCAUGCUCCCAGAUGGGACACACAAGUCGCUGAGCAUCCCCUAACACCAGGUAGAGAUGGGUAUGAAGGACCAGGCACCACAUUUCACACCCAGCCGAUGGGCUCACCGGCUUUGGUCUUCCUCCCACCAGAAGAGAUUGGAACCCUGGCCAAAGAGCUUCACUUUAGCUCACCCCAUUCACCCUGCUGCCAGAAGGACACGGCCCCAAACUCCAACCCUACCCAACCCAUAGGGUUUGGCCAAGCAGAACACGGAAACACAAAACCACUAAGAAAAUCAGCACCAUGGCCCCGACCUCACGUCCUCGACCUCCAGCUAUUAGCCAAGCCCUUUGGUGUGGAAAGCAAUGCCUUGUGUUUUUUAAAGGAAAUCAAUGACGAUGGUGCUGGCGUGUGUAAUUAGCAGGGAGCCCUAUAAAUACAGCUGCUGGCCGGGACAGGACCCAGAAGCAUCCUGAUCCUGCAGCCAUGUCCUACAAGGCACUCAUCAUCUGCCUGCUGGGGCUCCUGGCUUUCUCCUCGGCUUGUUACAUCCAGAACUGCCCCAUCGGGGGCAAGCGCGCCGUGCCGGACAUGGACAUCAGGAAGUGCUUGCCCUGCGGCCCCAGGAACAAGGGCCACUGCUUCGGCCCCAACAUCUGCUGCGGGGAGGAGCUGGGCUGCUACCUGGGCACCUCUGAAACCUUGCGGUGCCAGGAGGAGAACUUCCUGCCAACGCCCUGCGAGUCUGGGAGGAAAGCCUGCGGCGAGGACGGGGCGAGCUGUGCAGCACCAGGCAUCUGCUGCAGCACUGAGGGCUGCGUGCUUGACUCAUCUUGCAACCAAGAAAUGCUGUUUGCAUAGAGGGAAGAAAACAGCAGGAUCUGCUGUCCCAUGGGCUGCACCAGCGCAGCACCCGGCACCAUGACUCAGACUGAAGCGAUGCUCUUCAUUAGAAAUAAAACUUGGACUGAAUUAAAAAUA